UAUGAAGGUGGAUAUCAAUGAGAUACCAGUACCAAUAGGACUAACUCUACUGAAUAGAUUUUUUUUUUUUUUUGCGACAUCUAGGAAUAAAAUAGAUUUUAACGAGUAUUUGAAGAUCUAUGGCAUCCCAGAUCCAAGUACCAGUUGCAGUUCCUGUUCCAGCAGUACCUAGAAAAACAGACCCCCUAAUACAAUGCAUCAUAGAGAACAAAUUAAAGAGACUUCGCAAAUUAAUAAGAGGCAGAGAUAUUAAUGGACUGUACCCUUCUGAGCUUUGGAAUGAUGAUGUUACACCAUUAACUGCAGCAGUUUUAUGCAGAAAUGAAGAAAUCUGCUCUUAUCUACUUAAAGAGUCAGCUGAUCCAAACAAAUCCUCAACAAAUGGACUAAGUCCUCUACAUUAUGCUGCUUUAACUGGAGUUCCACUGAUUAUUGUGACAGAAAUACUUAAAGCAAAAGCUGACCCAAAUGGACAUGGAUUACAUGUCUUAACUCCACUGCAGUAUGCUGCCUUUAUUGACCGUGAAGACAUUGUGAAAGCACUUAUAGAGGCUGGAGCCUCAGCUUCUAGUAACUGUGGGACUGAUCCAGAGAUAGAUAUAAAAAUGGAGGACAUGAUCAGUCAACUAUCCUUACAGAGUGAACAUUUUCAAAAUGUCGAGCUAUUUUUCUCUUUAUCUUGUGCAAUACAUAAUAGAGAGCAGGCAGAAGUUUUCAAAAUCUUUAAGGAACAUUUCUUUGAAGAGGAUCCUUUCAUUCAUACAGUUGUGUUUGAGGUGUAUUUUGGUGUCAUUGGUCCAAGUGAAGAGCAGUAUCGUCAGAGCGCCAUCAAGUGGUUAAAAGAUAAAAGGAAGGCAGAUAUAUACAUUGAGGGAGUCAUCAAACGCUUCCCAAAAAUCCCCCAGGAACACUGGCCACUUGCACUAAACUGCUUAUAUGCUGCUUUAUGCAUCAGCAAAAGAAUCUCUCCUCAGAUAUUCAGUGAUCUUGUGCCAAUACUUACAAACAGUCUUCAGCACUUUGGAAAUUCACAAGGAGAAAAAAUCAAUCAUCUGAUACUAAAGAUACUCAAUGUCAUGAUGCAGAAGACGUCUGAGCAGAAACUGAGACUGAAUCAUUCUGUCUAUGAGAAGUUAUGCAAAAGUCUGUUGCCUCUCACACGUCCUGAUUAUUCAAGUCUGAUUGGAAUGUGGACAUAUAGUUUUUUCGCCUACAUAAAUGACAUCGCUCCCGAACUUGUUGCAUUGUGUGGAUUGUCUCCUGUCCCAGAGGUGAUACUUAAUACCGCAGAGAUAGAGAAUGAAGCUAUGAACAAAAAGCUACAAAAACUGAACAUAUCACUCAAACAUCCUUCAGGAGCAGUGGACACUUUAUAUGAGAAGACUGCAGCUCCUUCAAACAGCAGGAAAAAGAAGAAGAAGAAGAAAAUCCAGCAAGAGGUGGGAUCACAAGAAAAUGAACCGCAAGAUAAAGGGGGAUCGUAUCCAGAUGCUGUAGUGACAUCCAUUGAGGAAUCAAAUUCAAGUGUGCAGCCGUUCACACAACCUGCUGAGAGCCCAAAUAUCUCAAGAAGGUGGCUUCAGACUAGCUGUCGUUGGAGGUCUAAGCUCGAGAAGCUAGCUAACAUUGAUCCUAGCAGGACAUACAGACUGGGAAACCUUACUCUUGUACUCAGUGAUGAAUUUCAGAUCGCUAAAGGAAGUGAUGGAACUCAAGUUUUCCUUGGUUUGAGGGAUGACGGCACUGAGGUGGCUGUGAAACGAAUGAACAGGUUUAAUUACCAAGUUCUCAGAAAUGAGGAGGAAUUUCUACGACUUCCAGAACUCGAUAGUCCCUCCAUCGUGCGAUAUGUGGACUUUGCUGAGGAUACGCAUUUUGGGUACCUUGUUCUUCAUCUUUGUGAGUACACACUGGAGGAAUAUAUUCAAGAUCAUUUACCAGAUGAAAGUGCUGAGAGAUCUUUGGUUCUGAAGAAGCUGGUGAAGGAAGUUCUCUGCAGCUUACAGGUUUUACACGACCAGAAAACCAAAGUGCUCCAUCGAGACAUCAAACCCCAGAAUGUCCUGAUUGACAUACAUGGAAAAGCCAGAUUGGCUGAUUUUGGCAUAAGUCGCCGACUAAAACAGAGUGAAACCACUUUACGAACAAGCAUUGCUGGAACUAGAAGCUGGAAGGCAAAGGAGACCAUAGAUGAGGAGGUCAACACUGGGUACAAGAGGAGCUCCGACAUUCAGGUUGCUGGGAUGUUAGUCUACUACAUUCUCUCUAGAGGACAACAUCCAUUUGGUAAAGGUGCUGCUUGUGAGUACAACAUUUUACGAGGAAGAUACUCACUGGAGCAUCUGGAUGAUGAAGUAGGGAAGGAUCUCGUCGAGUGGAUGAUUCAUGAAAAUCCAAACAACAGACCAACUGUGGAGCAAACCCUCGCACACCCCUUCUUCUGGACUGAUGAAUGGAGAGUGGAGUACUUGAAAAAACUGGGGAACCAGAAAGAGGUUGAGAACUGUCGUAAUGUUGAUGAGGAGCUCCUUCAAGCUGUUGAAAAAUACACAGAGGGGAAAAGCUUUUCUGAAUGGAAAACUAAAUUGUUGUCUGAGAUUGUCCAGAAACUGGAUGGUAAGAAGAAAGCCUAUCCUGAGAAUACGCUGGGUCUGCUCCGUUUUAUACGCAACCUACACGAGCAUUAUCCAGUGGAGGCAGAGAGGAUCAACCUGAUGGCUUCAUUCCCUGAUCUGUUUGGGAGUGUGUUCAGGUUUGCGAAGGAGAGAGGAUGGAACUCCAGACCGAGUCUGAAAAAGUUAUUUAGCUCAGCUCCACAAAUCUGACUGUUGUCAAUUCUGGUUUCAAUAUGUACAGUGCCUUGCGAAAGUA